CCCGCCCCUAACACAGGUCCCGCCCCUCGCCCGCCAUGGCGGCUUCGCGUCGGUCCUGGUUCGUGUUCGGCUUCAGCCCCGAGGAGGCCGUGGGGGAAGCGGGACCGGGAGCGGCUCCGCGGCGGCUGGAGCCGAACCCCGAGCGGAUCCGCCGCGUCUGGCCCGCCUGGAGCUACGUGGUUGUGGAGAGCGACGCGGGGCUGGAACUGCGGGGUGCGGGGCUGCGGCAGCGGCUGCGGGGAUGGUCCGAGGCUCUGCCCUCCGAAACCCACCUGGUGCUGCGGGGGCCGGCGGCAGCGCGGGCCUGGCCGCGGGGGGGGCUGCGGGGACCCCCUGCCUGGAGCCGGGCACUGCCGACCCGGUCCCGCCGCCGCCCCCCGCCGCUGCCGCUGCUGCCCGGCGGCUUCGCCCGCCCUCGCCCACCCUUCUUCGUCCCCCUGACCCUGCCCGCGGGGGUGCGGGCCCGACAGCUGGCUCUGGGCCACGAACACGCGCUGGCACUCGCCACCAGCGGGGAGGUGUAUACCUGGGGAGGUGGCAGGCACGGGCAGCUCGGCCAUGGGACGCUGGAGUCGGAGCUGCAUCCACAGCUGGUGGAGGCUCUGGCGGGUGUGCCGAUGGUGGUGGUGGCGGCUGGAGGGUGGCACUCAGGCAGCAUCAGUGAGGCAGGAGACCUGUACAUGUGGGGCUGGAACGAGUCGGGGCAGCUGGCUCUGCCCUCCAAGGCGCUGGCAGAGGAGCGGGCACAGGCCAAGGACACAGGAGCAGGGGACUCCCCGCUGCUCCCCCAGGAGCAGCCAGUGGCCGAGGACGUAGCGUUCAUAUCCAUCCAGGCGUUCCCGGCCCUGCUGGAUCUACCACAGGACCUGGAGGUUACUGGUGUCAGCUGCGGCUCCCGGCACACGGCUGCGGUCACACGCAGUGGUGAGCUCUACACCUGGGGAUGGGGUAAAUACGGGCAGCUGGGACACGGGGACAAGGCCAGCUCUGACCGACCACGCCGCGUGGAGUUCCUGGUGGCCGAGGGGCUGCGAGCAGAGGAGGUGGUGUGUGGGCCCUGGACCACCUAUGUCUGUGUGCAGGAGCUGGGAGGACCCCACAGCCCCCCCACCAUGGGGACACAGACGAGCUCUGCUCUGCCUGGGACAGGCACUGCGGAGCUGCAGCUGCACAAGUGCCAAAGACAAGACUGUAAGGACUGAACAACUUUAUUACAUCUAUUUUUCUUUAAGAGCUGUGGGGUUGCUUUGUGCUGCACAGAGGCUGGUCCCAGCUCCCCCCAGCCCCUCUGGACCCAAACCUGGCUCUGAGCCUGGUGGGGACACCCGGGGAGCCAUUGGUCACCCCACAGAUAUACAGAGAGCAGCAGCUAUGUACACAUACAGGUAUUAUUCCCAUCAACAGUAUAUACAGAGUUACAGAGCAAGGGGACAGAACCUGGAGAAUAAAUAACAGUGAGUGGGGACUGUAGUGAUAACAAGUGCAAAUUAGUCAUGGUCAGGGACAGACACACAGAGCUUCAUUAACAAAGGUGCAAAGAGGCCCCCUGUGCCGAGGCUGCUACCUCCCUGGCCUCUGCCCGAGGGGAGGGCAGUGCUGGAUGGAGGGGGGGGGGAGACAGAAGCUGCCCCCUCCCCCUGGCAGGGAAAGGAACCUCAUCCUCUUAUAUCUCAUGGCCUUGUCGUUCAUGCUCAGGCUUCUCCAAAGCUCCAGACAGGAGCUGCUCAGCCACCAGGGCUGCAGGAGGACACUGGCUCAGGCUUCAUGCCUCACUGCUUCUGCCAAGGGCCCCCCAGCCCUGGUGCUCCUCCCCGCAGAUUCCUGGACUUACAGCUGGGAUGGGAAAGAUGAGACCCUGCAGCAGGGGUGAGGCCAGUGCUGGGGGGGAGUGGGAGGGUGUUGAAGCAAAGGCAGGUAAGGGAAGCUGAGGCAAAGCCAACCCCCUACUCAGGCCAGCCCCCCUGGAACAAGCCUGCUGUGAUAGAGAAAGGAAGGUGCUGGUGAACAGCAACAGGCCAUAAAAGCUGGUGACAAAGGGUAUGGAGACAAGCUAUUCAAAAUAGCUCCUGUCUGUCCCAGAGCAUGCACCCUGGAAGGCAGAACCCCACAGCUCUGCCCCAGCUGGGCUGCCCCCAGACCCCACCCUACCCUAAUGCAACCCCCAACU